UCUGGCCAGCCCGCGGGGCAGCUUGGUGGCGCAGGCCGCCGUCGAGGCGGCGCUCAGCCCGCGCUCCAGCUACGCCAGCACGGCCAGCGACACCAGCAAGCACUCCAGCCCGCGCGCCAGCCUCACCAGCUCGUCGGACGGCGGCGGCGGCAGCAAGCCCAGCAGCAACCGCACCAGCGGCAUCAGCAUGGGCUACGACCAGCGCCACAUCAGCCCGCGCUCCUCCUCGUCCGGCACCGCCGAGCUGGAGGCAGCCGCCGCCGCCUCGCGCCACGGGCCCGCCGCAGCCGCCUCGUCGUCGGGGGGCUGCGGCGGCGCCUCCCUCGCCAGCCCCCGCUCCAGCAUCUCCAGCCACAGUUCGCGCAGCUCGCGGAGCUCCCGAGGCUCGACGGGCGCCUACCCCGAGCUCCAGCUGCCCUCGCCGCGGGCCUCCAUGCUGCCCGAGGAGAACCUCCUGCUGCUCUUGCCGCCCCCCGAGCAAGCGCCCCUGGACGCCUACCCGCGCCUGCACGCUCAGUCGCCCGCCGCCCUCGGCCCCGAGCCCGCCGCCCUCUCCUACGCCUCCAAGGGGGCUGCCGCCAAAUUCCGGGUCCCUUACCAAGUCACGCCGUCGAGGGAGAGCGGGCCCAGCCCGGCGGAGAGGCGGCUGGAGGCGCUGACUUUGGAGCUGGAGAAAGAGCUGGAGAUGCACAUCAAGAAGGAGUACUUCGGCAUUUGUAUCAAGUGUGGAAAGGGGGUCUAUGGGGCCAGCCAAGCUUGCCAAGCAAUGGGGAACCUUUAUCACACCAACUGCUUUACAUGCUGCUCUUGCGGGAGAAGAUUACGAGGGAAAGCCUUCUACAAUGUCAAUGGAAAAGUCUACUGUGAAGAAGACUUCCUAUAUUCAGGUUUUCAGCAAACGGCGGACAAGUGCUUCAUUUGUGGACACCUCAUAAUGGAGAUGAUCCUGCAGGCUCUUGGGAAGUCCUACCAUCCGGGCUGUUUCCGCUGUGUGGUGUGCAACGAAUGUCUGGAUGGCGUCCCUUUUACUGUAGAUGUGGAGAACAAUAUUUACUGUGUCAAAGACUAUCACACGGUUUUUGCGCCGAAGUGUGCUUCCUGUAACCAGCCAAUAUUACCAGCACAGGGUUCCGAGGAGACCAUCCGGGUGGUGUCGAUGGACAGAGAUUACCACGUUGAAUGUUAUCACUGCGAGGUCUGCGGGCUGCAGCUCAACGAUGAAGAAGGCCGCCGAUGCUAUCCAUUGGAGGGACACUUGCUUUGCCACGCCUGCCACAUCAGGCGCCUCGGCCUGAAAGUGCCUCCUCCUCCUCCCGGGUACCCCAUGCACAUCACGGAACUCUGAGUCCUGCGUGGAAGGAUGCUUCUGCAGGAGAAAAGCUCAACAGACACACAACUUUUUCUUCUUUUUUAAAAGACAAAGCAGACAAAUUAUUUAUUGCCUCGAAGACUGAGAAGAGGAAAGGGCCUUUCUGAGGUCACUGCACGUGUGCAGGCCUGAGGGUGUGUCUUGUGUUCCAUUUGCCUAAAUAAUUCCUCUUAGGACUCUGGGUACUUGAAAAGUUAAAAAAAAGAAAAAGAUGCACCGCUCAGAUGUGAAUGUAAAACAUUUAUGAAUGCUGCGGUACAAAAAGGGCCACCUUUUUCCAGAUUGACCUUGAGA